CUGCAUUCCUCUCCGCUCCGAAGCCUGGCGGAGCGACAGAGAAAGAACCGAGGCCUCAACACAAACCUGCCCCACCGCCGCGCUGCUUUUCACGGCCUCAGCUCCGACUCGGCCCCGAACCAACCCCGGGCCUCCUCGCACCGCCGCCGCCUCCUCCCCGGGACACUCGGACUAAAGAUUACCCUGUCCAUGGACGCAAUUACGCACCGCUGUGGCUGAUCCAUCCUAAACCCACCAUCGCUUUGCAACCCACAGCUUUUUUUUCCUUUUUUUUUUCUACCAUUUUUCUAUUAUAUCCUGUGAGGAUUUUACAAGAUGGCUCCUGAAAUCGAGAAAUAGCCUCGCAGAGAAGACAAAUCGACGUCCUGUUUCUGGCACAGCGGGGGCAUAAUCGCGACUUUCUAUCAGCUACGCCUCGUAACAUGGCCAUUUCACCGAACAAUGUCCAAUCCGUGCGUUAAAACCUGCGAUAUCGGUCUCGGGUUGCGCUGGAGCGAUGGUGAGGUGACGUCUGUGGCCAAAUUACGCGUUUUAAGUGGAUUUACACGCCGCGGACGGGCCGUUAAACCCGAUCCACGCACGUAGAACACAGAUUUCAUGCUAAAACUGAGAUUAUAAUCGAUAAAUCCUGUGUUUUUUUCUUUGGAGAGCGGCGCGUAAACCAACAUUCCAGCGGAUGCCCGAUCGCCUUUGUUUUUUGUUUUUUGUGCGCAGGGACCGGACCGUGGACUCUUGGAACGAUUAUCUAUGCAGUAAAUAUCCCGAUAGCGCUGCGCUGGCUGUGGUUUGAUAGAAAAAAGAGAAACGCCAUUGUUUGGGGCCCUAAACAUAAACAGAAAAGUGCGCUAGGCCUCGGCUUCGCUCUCGCCUUUUUUCUUUCACUGUGGAGAUAUGCGAGACGUGCCACACUGCUGCAUUAUUACUAUUCAUGAACGCUGCGAGCAUUGGUGUUAGCACGUUUUUUGGCGUCUCUAGAUUGCGCAUUUUCGGCUCUGGAAAGCCUAAUCCUCGAGCAUUUAUUGGAUUUUGAGUGGACGGGGUGUGGGUGAAUGCGCACGGUUUUUACGCAGCGUUUUUUGGCUGGUUGUUUUUGUUUUUUUGACCCGGUUUAAUCGCUUGGUAACGCGGGGCUGCUCGGAUACGACGUCUCCAAAUGGUAACCCGAACUAAACGUGCUUAAAUUUGGACUGAAGUGCUCAUAGUUUUCCCGUAAAACGCUCGGUACUGUCGCCAUAAGCGUGACGGCCUGGGUGAGUCGAAAAGGAGGGCCGUUACGGGAAAUAGGAAGCGUCACCCACUCACGUACAGCGGAAAGCACCCAGGUAUUUCUUGGUUCUCUUGGAGUUGAGAUUUCUUUCUGGGGGCUGGACUUUAAGCGUCACGUUGCAGCAGUGAAGCGGGGCUCGUCUGUCAACUCUCCAUCCGGUGCGAGCGCGAGGAACACGCAUUUUACGCAAGGUCCGAGCUUCCUCCUCCCCGCACCAUGACGUCCCCGGAUCUCGCCGAGUCCUGGAGGAACUGUUUCGAGGAGGAGCUGAUCUGUCCCAUCUGCCUGCACGUUUUCUCGGAGCCCAUCCAGCUGCCGUGUAAACACAACUUCUGCCGCGGCUGCAUCAGCGAAGCCUGGGCCAAAGACUCCACCGUCGCCCGCUGCCCCGAGUGCAACCACGGCUACGCCCAGAAACCCACGCUCGAGAAGAACCACAAACUCUCCAACAUCGUGGAAAAGUACAACGCUCUGAGUGUGGAGAAGACGUCCACUCCGGUUUUACAGUGUAUCCUGUGCCGCCGCGGCCCGCCUCUGCCCGCCGUGAAGGUGUGCCUGCGCUGCAACGCCCCCUGCUGUCAGUCGCACGUACAGACGCACCUACAGCAGCCGUGCUCCGCCCUGGGGCAUCUGCUGGUGGAGGCGGGGGCGGUGAAGGCGUGGACCUGCCCCCAGCACGACGAGUACCGGCUGUACCACUGCGACGCCGAGCAGACCGCCGUGUGCCAGUACUGCUGCUUCGCCCGCUGCCACCCCACCCACGGGCACGCGGUCAGCGACGUGGAGCUGCGGCGCAACGACAUACGGCAAACUCUGCUCCGUCAGCAGGAGAAGGUGGAGGAGCGAGUGCAGGAGAUCGAGGAGCAGCUCUGCAAACUGGACUCAGACAAAUGUGUGGUGGAGGACCGCGUGUGUGAGCUGAAGGAGGAGGUGCGUCUGCAGUACCAGAGGAUGCACCAGCUCCUGGAGGAGGAUCUGGUCCGGACUCUGGAGGCCUUAGACCGGGCCCAGUCCAGGUUCUGUCAGGAGAACUCGGCUCAGGUCCUGGCUCUGGGAGAACAGAGACACGAGGCGCAGAAACUCAUCAGCUCCAUCAACACGGUGUUUGAGAAAUCUGAACAACUGAGCUUCAUGAAGAACACCAAACCAGUCAAGAUCCUCACAGACAGAUCUCAGGCGUGCGUCGGCUCCAGCCUCCCUCCGUACAAAGUGGGAAACCUCAACUCCAAACUGUUCCUGUCCGAGAUCUCCAAGCGAGAGAAGAGCCUCCGCAGAACACUGGAAACCCCCCUGACCCCUCCCUCGGCCUUCCUCCAGUCCGUCGCGGCGUUCCCGAGCGGCCACGGCUCCGGAUCGGCCGAAAAGCGCAAACACUCGUCCGCCUUCCCUGAAUCCUCCUCUGCAUCCUCCUCUUCCUCCAACAAAACCAGCUACAAAGACUCCUCCUCCUCCUCGGCGCCCAAGCAGCCGUAUUUGGGCACCUCCUCUUCCGGAGAGGGCCAAUCCACCAAUCAGCCGCAGCAGCCUCCCCUGGCCCCGCCCUGCAUCAACGACUCCGCCACCUCCUCGUCCAAUCACCACUCGGGAUCCGUGUUUAGCUCCUCCCACUUUCCGGGAAGCAGCAGCGGAGGAGGCGGGUCUUCGCACGCGUCCCAGCUGCCCCAGUACGGCGGCCGCAAGAUUCUAGUUUGCACCAUGGAUAACUGCUACUGCUCCGGUGUUCCUUCGGUCUCAGGGCACCGCGGGCACCCUCCGUACCCCAGGUCGGGCUCCUUUCCCUGGGUGAGCGCGCAGGAUUACCCCCCUCCCCCGCCGCCGCCCGGGCUGGCCUCCGGGGGGCCCACCAUGCAAGGACUGGCCGUACGCGACUGGAUCGACGCAUCUCAGACCCACAGACACGCCGACUUCUACGGCCUCUACGGACAACCCUCCACCAAACAUUACGUCACCAGUUAACAUCCAAACGGCGCCGCGCUGCAAAAAGUUCAUAUUUUUGAGCUAAAAUUACUUGAAUUCAGAAGAUUGUUAAUGAGAUUAUUUGUUUGAGUUUCGACAAAUUAGGUUUUCUCUUAAAAGUCCUAUAUUUUUCCGAAGUAUAAGUCGCUCCUGAGUAUAAGUCGCCCCUAUACUCCAGAAAAUACAGUACGCAAAAUCGACUCCAGCGAGCUUUAAGUCAUGUUCUAAUGCCGCUACCGCCUCAAAAACACACCCGGAGUUGUGUUUUGUUUCAUUCACACAUGUCCUUUUAUUAUUUGUCCACAUCUCCAAAGCUCAAAACGCUCUGUUCCACCUUGUGAUGUCAUCAAGUGGUAGUUUUUUAAGUUAACUGCUACAUUUUACCUUUAGUUCAGUAGUAGAGUGACAAUUCCAGGAGCUGAAAUCGAUCCAAAUGAUUCUAGUGAAGGUGUGUGGAGUUUAAAAACACAGUGGAGCACUUCCUGUAUAAAUCACCCGAUGACAUCACAAGGUGGAACAGAGUGUUUUCUGUUUGAGAGAAGAACUAAACACAACUCCAGGUCUGUUUGUGAUGAGAAAACAACAUUUAGAACACAAAACAGAGUAAUAUGGGCCCUUUAAAAAAAAAUAACAACAACAAAACAACAAAACUAGACGCUAAAAUUUAAAUUACAACCGUUUUUGUUUCCUGUGAGCGGGAAAAAAGAGACAUUUUUAGAUAAAUUCUGUAUUUUUGAACGAAAACGAAUUAGUUUAAACGAAGAUUACAAAUAUUUGGAUCCAGAACACGCACUUCUACAAUACUUUAUGAAGAUGUGCGUCUGGUCACUGCGUUCAGAUUUGUGCGGUGAUUGACAGGUGGAUCAGCCAAUCAGGGACAAGCAUUUUCUGUCGUAUUUCAUGUCGACAAAAAUAUCACAGGAAGCUGAAAAAAAUGGCGGAUUUCCGUUGAAUCCACGAACAAAGCGCUAAACUCUUGCUAAUCUGCGGAGAAAAUCAGAGAGAAAUGUAAUUUUGUUUGUAAAUAACAGGUGACCAAUGAGCUGCUUUUGCUCACACGUGUCACGGAAAUAAACAAAUCUGAUUGGACGAUCACGUUUAGCUCUGAAUCGAGGCGCGGCGGAGGGAGCGUGACCAGACUCAUGUCGCUUUGUGUAAAAAGUACACAGAGAUAUGAGUCAGGCAACAAAAACGUAACAAAAAAUACAAAUAAAAAAUUAGAAUAAUACAAGAGUUUUAAAAUUUGAUGUUUUUUACUAUG